AUGUUCCGGGGCGGCAAGGUGGACAACUACUUCAAGGUCUCCCAGCGUGGGUCGAACCUGACCACCGAAAUCCGUGCUGGCAUCACCACCUUCUUGACGGCAGCCUACAUUAUGGCUGUGAACCCCAACAUUCUGAGCACGACGGGGCUGAAGUUCGAAGGCCUGGUCUUCGCGACAGCUGGGUCAAGCUGCAUUGCGCUCCUCGGCCGGCUGCAGGAUAGGAUCGUGGAUUCAGCUUUCGAGUCAGGCAAGUUGAGGGGCUCGCCAGGUGGCGAUGCGCAUGAUGUCUGGCUGGGGUAG